GGGCAGCUUCAGGUGCCAGGGCCGGCGCUCGCAGGUCGCUUCGGUGUCAGCGACUUCCCGGCGCUCGUCCCUCCGGGUCUGAGGAUCAGGCAAGGAGCGCUUUAUUAGUCCUGGGCUGAGGGGUCGCAGACUCGUGCGGCACGGGUGGUGGGCUCGGCCUUUGACACAGAUGUGAAGGCUUAUUGUUGAUACAAGUGUCCGCUCCCCGCUGAGCGCUGUACCCGAUGAUCGCAGCCCUUCACCUCGCUACAAUCUCCUCACAACAGAGCUGCAAGGCAACUUUGAACAGAGUGAUGGCGACUCCAGUUAGCAGAGCUCACAAGGAUGCUGACCUGUGGUCCUCCCACAAAAAAAUGCUGGUGCAGCCCCUGAAAGACAAUGACAUCGAGGUUUACAACAUAAUUAAGAAGGAGAGUAACCGGCAGAAGGUUGGAUUGGAGCUGAUUGCCUCAGAGAAUUUUGCCAGCCGAGCAGUUUUGGAGGCCCUAGGCUCUUGCUUAAAUAACAAGUACUCUGAGGGGUACCCAGGCCAGAGGUAUUAUGGUGGGACUGAGUUUAUUGAUGAGCUGGAGGUCCUCUGCCAGAAGCGAGCGCUGCAGGUCUAUAAACUGGACCCCCAGUGCUGGGGGGUCAAUGUCCAGCCCUACUCAGGCUCCCCUGCAAACUUCGCAGUGUACACCGCCCUGGUGGAACCUCACGGGCGCAUCAUGGGCCUGGAUCUUCCCGAUGGGGGCCAUCUGACCCACGGGUUCAUGACAGACAAGAAGAAAAUCUCUGCUACGUCCAUCUUUUUUGAGUCUAUGCCCUAUAAGGUGAACCCGGACACUGGCUACAUCAACUAUGAGCAGCUGGAGGAGAAUGCCCGCCUCUUCCACCCGAAGCUGAUUAUUGCAGGAACCAGCUGCUACUCCCGAAACCUGGACUAUGCUCGAUUGCGGAAGAUAGCAGAGGACAACGGGGCAUACCUCAUGGCCGACAUGGCGCACAUCAGUGGGCUGGUGGCUGCUGGCGUGGUGCCCUCCCCGUUUGAACACUGCCAUGUGGUGUGCACCACCACCCACAAAACCCUGAGAGGCUGCCGUGCCGGCAUGAUCUUCUACAGGAGAGGAGUGCGCAGCAUGGAUCCCAAGACUGGCAAAGAGACUCUGUACAACCUGGAAUCACUCAUCAACUCUGCCGUGUUCCCAGGCCUGCAAGGAGGUCCCCACAACCACGCUAUUGCUGUCUUCCCGCCAGGGGUUGCUGUGGCCCUGAAGCAAGCCAUGACUCCAGAAUUCAGAGUUUAUCAGCACCAGGUGGUGGCCAACUGCAAGGCUCUGGCUGAGACCUUGAUGGAGCUGGGCUACAAAGUGGUGACAGGUGGUUCUGACAACCAUUUAAUCCUCGUGGAUCUCCGAUCCAAAGGCACUGAUGGUGGCAGAGCUGAGAAGGUGCUAGAAGCCUGUUCUAUUGCCUGCAACAAGAACACCUGCCCAGACCCUCUUUAUCUUGAAGGUGACAGAAGUGCACUGCAGCCCAGUGGACUGCGUCUGGGGACCCCUGCACUGACAUCCCGAGGACUUUUGGAAAAAGACUUCCAAAAAGUAGCCCAAUUUGUUCACAGAGGGAUAGAACUGACUCUACAGAUCCAGAACGACGUUGGUGUCAAGGCCACCCUGAAGGAGUUUAAGGAGAAAGUAGCAGGGGGUGAGAAGCACCAAGAGGCCAUGAGGGCCCUCAGGGAGGAAGUGGAGAGCUUUGCAUCUCUCUUCCCUCUGCCCGGCCUGCCUGACUUUUAGAAGGGCUGCCAGCUCACACCUGCCCCAGCACACCCACCCCAGGAGGGGAGCGCCGGACUGCCCAGGACCCAGUGCCCUUCUGAGGAGAGACAGAAGAGAUGUCCCAAAUGAGGUCUGACCUGGUCAGCUACAUUGUGCUCCCUGAGGGAGUUUCUUUUUGGAUUUUUCUCAUAUUCACAAAUCAAAAUUGUGUUAGUAAUUCUUGAGUUAUCGAGGAGUUAAAUUUGAUCCUCAUUUUCUCACAGCUAUAUAUGUAGUUAUUUUUGGAAAAUGAAAUACCAUUUAACCUUAAUUCAUUUAGACAGUGGUAUAAGGCAAACUAUUGGAAAGGUUCUAGUAAAUUUACUCAGCCUUCUCAAAACUACUGGGCUUCCCGUCUCACUGCCUAUUCUAGGUAUUUUGUUACCAAAGGGAUGCCAAAGAACUGAAUUAUGCCCAUUGCAGCUGGAAAGGGAAUUAUCCUGAAGCUUCUGCUAUGUGUCUUCAAUCAGAAUUGUAAGUUAGACAAGUCUAUACAAGGCAGCACCAAGGAUGUGGGAGGGUCCCCCUCGGCUCCAGCCUUGGGUGGCGGGAGAGCCUCGGCAGCUCAGUCCCGUCCCACAGGGGCUCUCCUGCCCUACGUGACAGACCCAGCUCCCUCCUGGAAUCAGGAAACCAAAUUUCCCCUUCCCAAAGAAAUUUUAUUUUUCACAAAGCUGAAGUGCAAAACAUAGGUGACCAUUUUUAAUAAGCACAAAUUUUUAACCACAGAAUGUCUACAAGAAUUAGAGCUUUAAAAAAUACAACCAAUUUUUAUAUUUCAAAAAUAUCCAAACUCAAAUAAAUUAAUUUCUUAAAAAGUGUA